UCUGCGACGGGAAGGAAGUCCAAAACAAGGAAGCGACACUUGGAGCUUUUUAAAUGGUUUUCUUUUCUUUGAGAUUUACUCUAAUUUCGCUGUCUUUAGUUCUCUAACCACUGCAGCUAACUUCAUCACAUGAAACACACAUUUUAUAAUCCCCCGUGAUUAACAAGUGUUUAUGUUAAUGUAAUCUAAUCGUAGAGAGAGAGAGAGAGAGAGAGAGAGAGCAUAUAUAUCAUAUAUGCAGAGAGUCCCGAAAAGAUGAUGGAAGGAUAUGCUGGUCUUAAAAAGAUGAUGAAGGCCACACCUUCUAAAGCUGCUUUGUUGAUUCGAAUCAACUUGGUUUUUAUUGCUUUCUUUUUCAUGGUGUAUGCUGCCCUUCUUCUCCAGCCAUCCUCCUCCAUAUACUACGAAAAUGCAGCUUCUCUUAUUAGGUGCUCAUUGCUAGAGUGCCAUCACAAGGUGGAAAAUGGAGCUAAGAUCACGGAGCCUGUAUUGGACGAGAUUAAAGGCAAUACAUCAAGGCUUAAAGCCAAUAUGAGCAAGCUAGAGGUGCCAAGCUUUUUGAAUGAAACAAUGGGAAAAGGGAUGAAAAUUGGCAUGGUAAAUAUGGAUGAGAAUGAUUUGAGUGAAUGGGAUAAGCAUGGAAAGACCAUUCCAAUCCAUUUCGAUCAGGUUUCGGAUAACUUCAAAUGGGAUGAUUUAUUUCCUGAGUGGAUCGACGAAGAAGAAGAGAGUGACGUCCCAACUUGCCCAGAGAUACCAAUGCCGGAUUUCCAAAUUUACGAGAAGAUGGACAUGGUGGUUGCCAAAUUGCCUUGCAAGUAUCCAGAAGAAGGGUGGAGGAGGGAGGUGUUUAGGCUCCAAGUUCAUCUUAUAGCGGCUAAUUUGGCUGUGAGGAAAGGAAGGAGGGAUUGGAAUAGGAAGACAACUAAAGUGGUGUUUUGGAGCAAGUGUAGGCCAAUGCUCGAAAUAUUUAGGUGUAAUGAUUUGGUGAAACAGGAAGGGGAUUGGUGGUUGUUUGAGCCAGAUAUGGCUAGGUUGCGGCAAAAGGUAUCAUUGCCAAUUGGCACUUGCAAUUUGGCUUUGCCUCUAUGGGGACAACAAGGAAUAGAUCAAGUGUAUGAUCUGACAAAAAUUCGAAGCACAACAAACAAACCCAAACGAGAAGCCUACGUCACAGUCCUCCACUCCUCCGACAUGUACGUUUGUGGCGCUAUAACCCUAGCCAGGAGUCUACUCAAAACCGGCACCAAACGCGACCUUGUCCUCCUCCUAGACAACUCCAUCUCCGCCCCCAAGCGUGAAGCUCUCUCUGCCGCCGGCUGGAAGCUCCACGUCAUUGAACGAAUCAGAAACCCUAGAGCUGAAAAUGGUACCUACAACGAGUACAACUACAGCAAGUUCCGACUAUGGCAGCUCACUGAAUAUGACAAAAUCAUCUUUAUUGACGCCGACAUUAUCAUCCUCCGAAACCUCGACCUUCUCUUCCACUUCCCACAAAUGUCAGCCACCGGCAACGACGUUUACAUCUUCAAUUCCGGCAUCAUGGUCAUCGAGCCCUCCAACUGCACGUUCCAGUUUUUGAUGGACCACCGAAGCGACAUUGUUUCGUACAACGGUGGCGAUCAGGGCUACCUCAACGAGGUCUUCGUGUGGUGGCACCGGCUGCCGCGGAGGGUGAACUUUUUGAAGAAUUUUUGGGCGAACACGACAAGCGAGAGGACGGUUAAGGACGAGCUAUUUGGGGCAGAUCCACCGAAGCUCUAUACAAUACAUUACUUGGGAUGGAAGCCAUGGCUUUGUUAUAGGGAUUAUGAUUGCAAUUGGGAUGUGGCGGACCAACUUGUCUACGCUAGUGACGUAGCGCACGAGCGGUGGUGGAGGUUUCACGACGGCAUGGAGGAGGGGUUGCAAAAGUUUUGUGGGCUGACGAAGAUAAGGAAGAAUGAUUUGGACUGGGAACGAAGAAAGGCGAGAAAGUUAGGGUUUCCGAAUGGGCAUUGGAAGAUCAAAAUCAAAGAUCCUAGACGGAAACACGUGGUGGCAUAGAAGAAUCUGUAUGUUAUUAAUUGUUUUGGAUUCAUAUUAAUUUUUCUUGUCAUUUUUGUUUUUGUUAUAGAAGUAUCAUAGACGUCGGUUUCAUAACCAGACUCUAUACAUUAUGCAUAUACUCAUGGGAUAAGAUGUUUUCUUUUUAACUUGUAAUUAUGUUUUAUGGAAACAAGAACGAGAUGGCAGCGUGACAAUUUCACAUAGAUAAGAUAUAUAAUCAUUUAUAGCUUUUGGCUUA